CUGAGCCCCGCCCCACCGCGGGGUGGGGGGCGCUUUGCGCAUGCGCGUUCGGAUGUGUUUCUUUUCUUAUUUACUGGCAAAGAUUUUUGCACUGCGCCUCUAAUAUGUUGAAAGGUCGUUGAUAGGGUUUGGGCUAGUUUUGCUGAGGAAAGACUGGCUGAAUGCUGAGUAAUGACAUCAAGAUUAAUUCCUGAGAAGCUAAUGAGGUGUCACGUCAAGGGUACUACUUCAGUUUGAGGGACAAGUACAGUCACCGUAUCUAACACUUCCCAUUGCUGCGGUUCCUGUGUUACCAUGUUCUAAGAAUCCAUAUCAUAAUGAUUGUGUACAACGAAGUGUAAUGAAAAUAAAACAUAUUGAAGAUGUUAUUAUAGGUACCUAUUGGCCUCAGGCUGAGCAAGUUGUGGAGAACGCUUCCUGCUGUUGUCUCUUGGUAUGGAAGGAAGGGGACCAGACUGCAUGUUGCAUGAACACCUUGGGCCAAGAAUAGAUGGAUACGUCAAUAAAAGAAGUCAUGUCUACAGCACAGCCAGGCCUCAUAUGUGUGAUUCUCCUCCACUGUGGCAGCUGGGAGGUGGCUAGGGAUGACUAAUUACAGAAGAUGCAACGGUGGUGUUACGGGGGAAGGAGCACCGCAGUGAAUGACGAUGGACGCUCUGCAACUAGCAAACACUGCCUUUGCAGUUGAUAUGUUCAAAAAACUGUGUGAGAAGGACAAAACAGCCAAUAUUAUUUUUGCCCCACUGUGUACCUCAACGUCUCUGGCUCUGGCAUAUAAAGCUGCGAAAGGUGAUACUGCAGACCAAAUGAAAAAGGUACUCCAUUUACAAGAUGUCAAAGAUGUUUCUUUUGGGUUUCAAACAGUAACUUCAGAUGUUUCCAAACUCAGCUCUUUCUUUGCACUGAAAAUGGUCAAACGGCUCUUUGUAGACAAGUCUCUUAAUCCUACCACAGACUUUGUCAACUCUACAAAGAGGCCCUUUCCAUCUGAGCUGGAAUUAGUGGAGUUCAAAGAAAAAACUGAGGAAACCCGACAGAAGAUCAACAAAUCUCUCUCAGAGCUAACUGAUGGCAAAAUGGAGAAUAUUCUGAAUGAAGAUAGUGUAAGUGACCAGACUCAGAUCCUCCUAGUUAAUGCAGCUUAUUUUGCCACAAACUGGAUGAAGAAGUUCCCGGAGGCAGAGAUCAAAGAAUGUCCUUUUAAAGUCAAUAAGACUGAAACUAAGCCAGUGCAAAUGAUGAACCUGGAAGCUACUUUUUGCCUGGGCUAUGUAAAAGAAUUAAAUGUUGCCAUCCUCGAGCUUCCAUGCCUUAACAAACAUAUAAGCAUGCUCAUUCUGCUGCCCAAAGAGAUUGAAGAUGACACCACGGGCUUGGAAAAGCUGGAAAAGGCACUCACCCCUGAGACAUUAUUACAGUGGACCAAUCCCAGCAUGAUGGCCAACACCAAAGUGAACGUAUUUCUUCCAAAGUUUAGCGUGGAAGGUGAUUAUGACCUGAAGCCACUUCUAGAAAGCCUGGGCAUGACAAAUGUCUUUGAUGAAAGCGCAUCAGACUUCUCUGAAAUGUGUGAGACCAAAGGUGUGGUUUUGUCGAAGAUCAUCCAUAAAGUCUCUUUGGAAGUAAAUGAACAAGGCGGCGAGUCCCGAGAGGUACCAGGAUAUCGGAUUCUGCAACACAAAGAUGAAUUUAAAGCUGACCAUCCAUUUAUCUUUUUGUUUAGGCACAACAAAACUCGCAACGUGAUUCUUUCAGGCCGAUUCUGUUCCCCUUAAGCAGGGCACAUUUGUUAUGAAAAAGCACAAUUACAUUUAUGGUGGUGCAUGUUCCUGUAAAGCUUGGCAUCCUGACUAUCACCUUUGAAAGGAAACCUAAGAGGUUCCUGUAUCAGCUGGGUAAUACAAGGUACUCUACAUAUGCAGCAGAACUAGUUUAUCUCAUUUCGUUUCACCCCCUUAGCUGAAGGAUUCUCACAGUGAAGAACACGUUGUAUUUUACUGAGAAGUAUCCCAGCCUCAGAAACAAGUAUAUUUUGUUUCUCUCUGACAGCUUUUCCCCAAAAGGGAGUGAACUGAGAGCCUGUUUUUCUUAGACUGGGAGCUGGGAAGGGCUCUACAUUCCUGCUCCCUAGCCAAACCACUCUCUCUCGUGACCCACGCUCUGUGGAUUCCUACUGCCUAGAAGGGGAAAAUGUGGACAUGUGGUGUGACAGCCCUCCCCUUGUACCUGGCUACACCCUGGUGGUCCAGGGUGCCCUACCGGACCCUGAUAAUGCAAAGUGAAACGGUGCCCAGGUUCUGCAGCAUAGCUAAACAGUUCAGGCUAGCAUCAGAGUUUGCAUCUGCAAAGCAGAAGCUGCAUUGAGACCUAUGGAUGCAAGAGGCAAUAAUCAUGGUGACAAAAUGUAUACCCAGAAGACUUUUCAGUGUGAGCUACACCAGUUCAUAGAUUGGGGAGGUUGGACUCUGCUGCGUGGGAUUUUUUCACUCGUUGCGCUUCAGACGUGGAAGAGGGGACCAGUUCACUGCAGCUAUGAGGACCCCUGUUCUAUAUGUAUCCUGAGAAAAAGAACGUUAUGCAAUUCUAGGAUAGAAAACUGAUGGAUUAACACUGUAAGUGCCACACUGUUCAUGCACAGAUUAUCUGCCGUUUCUAGUUCUGGAUUCAGUGUUAAGGAGACUCCAUACAAUUACUAAAUGUCUGAGGCAUGAGAAAGAAAUAAGGACUGCAACUUG